AAUUAUUUACUCUUAAGAAAAAAUGUCUACUGCUAUUCUUAAACUCAACACUGGUGCUGAAAUCCCCCAAAUCGGAUUGGGUACAUGGCAAUCUAAGCCUAAUGAAGUCUAUGAUGCUGUUCUCACUGCUCUUAAGACUGGUUACAAACACAUUGAUGCUGCCUUCAUUUACGGUAACGAAAAGGAAGUCGGUAAGGCCAUUAAGGAUUCUGGUAUUCCCCGUAAUGAACUUUUCAUUACCACCAAGUUGUGGAAUACUUUCCACCGUCCCGAAGAUGUUGAAAAGGCCCUUCAAAAGUCCCUUGAUAACCUUGGUUUGGAAUACAUUGACUUGUAUUUGAUGCACUGGCCUGUAGCUUUCCAACCCGGAGAAGACCUUUCUCCCAAAGAUAAGGACGGCAAGACUCUCUUUGAUGAUGUUGAUUUCACUGAGACUUAUGCUGCUAUGGAAAAGCUUGAUAAGAGCAAAGUCCGUGCUAUCGGUGUCAGUAACUUCAACAUUGCCAAGCUUGAAAAGUUGGCCAAGACUCAAAAGAUUGUUCCUGCUGCUAAUCAAGUUGAAUUACACCCUUACUUGCCUCAAGAUGAAUUGAUCAAGUACUGUAAGGACCACGGUAUUCUCAUCACUGCCUACUCUCCUCUCGGUAGCACUGAUUCUCCCUUAUUGAAAGAUGAAGUUGUUUCCAAGAUUGCUGAAAAGAACAAGGUCUCUCCUGCUCAAAUCCUCAUCUCUUGGGGUGCUAAGCGUGGUUAUUCUGUCAUCCCCAAGUCUGUUACUGCCUCUAGAAUUAAGUCCAACUUUGAAGUUGUUGACCUUAGUGACGAAGACUUUGAAACCUUGAACAAGAUUGUCCACUCUCAAAAGAAGCAAAGACUUGUUGAUCCUUACAACUUCUGGGGUGUCGAUGUCUUUGAUGAACACAACUAAAUAUUUAAAUAAAAUUGACUCUGAUUAGAGUGAAAACAACAAUAAAUUUUCAAUGCAGGGUUUUUAUUUUAAGUGAUC